AUGCUCUUUCUUGACGAGCGACAAAAGAAGUUGACCUCUUUGGAUGUCAUUGCUGCCGAGAAAGAAGAAGAUCGCCGAUUACACACUACAUUGUUACAGAACACAAAAAUGGCUAUUGGAUUGGCAGGAGCUGUUAUUAUGGCCGCUUGUGCUGACGAACAAACCGCAUCUGCACUUGCUGAGACGUGUACAACCCUGUCAUCGUUUUGCAAGCUGGUAACUGAUUCAAGAUGCAGUGAUGAGGAUGUCACGACCUUAGCAGCGGAUGCGCGAAAAUUGGCUUCAUUAUUUGAGAAGGAGCAACCACCAGCUGUUGCAGAGCCCGACAUAAGUAAAAAAGAUAGUAAAGUAAAUGUUGUGGAUAGCAUACGUGAACGUCUCGCAGAAGAUUCUCCCGUUGAGCGCGGUGGAGCCCUUCUUGACGCUGGCAGGUUGAUACGUUUGCGAAGUCCUUCAGUUCUAUUGCAGCUUGAAGAAUGGUUGUUUGUAGCAAUGAAAGACGCUCUUUUUGACAGCGACUCCUACGUGUACCUGGCUGCUAUCAAUGGACUUGCAGAAGCAUCCUGUUACAGUUCGAAGUAUCUACGUGAGAUGAUCUCGCUAUUUAAAAAUUUUGAAAUUCCUUCUACAUCGUCUGAUUCUCAAGUUAAAGAUAAAGAGGAGGAUGAUGUGGCUGUUGAAGAAGACCCAAUUCGCGUUGACGUCGUUGUUCGUUCCAGACUUUGCGAAGCAAUUGGGAAAGUUAAAGACAAAGAGGAGGAUGAUGUGGCUGUUGAAGAAGACCCAGUUCGCGUUGACGUCGUUGUUCGUUCCAGACUUUGCGAAGCAAUUGGGAAAGUAUUCCGUGAAUUAGAGGGUGUCUUUGCUGUCCAUUUUCAAGAGAAGCUUGUGCUUAAGGUGACAUGA